UGUUCUACACCUACAUCUACUUAUUCAAGGAAAUGACAGAGAAAAAUGAGCAACAUAUGUAUGAUCAAAUAAUUGUGUCCACAUUUUUCUUACUUAUUUUACUCUUAAUAAUUGCAUAAACAGUCAAAUAAUCGCGCAUGACUAUAAAAAUAAAAUUUAAAAAAAAACUACCCAUUAAUAUAAACUACUACUAGGAAAGAAAAAAUUUUCUCUUCUUUUAAUGCAUACACAAAGUUCCUUUUUUCUACUUGUAUGCCGUUAUGUCAGCAAAAUGUAAUUUCCUUUACACUCAUCAUGAGAUCAAUUAGUCUAUUGAGAAAGCUGCCUAGAAUAAACUGUCUCCUUAGACCAAUACGUGAUUUAUAUUAUAUAGUUUGAAAUACAACAAAAUUACCAUGAAGCGUGUAAAUAACUGAUUAUAGCAAAAAUCAAAGGUUCCAACUUCCAAGGCAUGACUUGUAAUUAAUAACUGUAAUCACCCACUACUUCCAUUCCCAACUUCGCCACUCUCUCUAUCAACAUCUAUAUAUAAGAACUAACCCCCAUUAGUUUCUCCACAGUUCCUACUACAACAAAGUGUGCCAUUAUUAUCACAAACCCCUUUCUCAUUGCUUUUGCCUGUCACAUACUUCCAAUGGCUUCUCCUUGUUCCUCUUCCCUACUAGUGCUUCUCUUUGCCAUCUUCACCACUCUCCCACGUUUCUCUGUGGCUUCCAUUGAGUUCCAAGUUGGUGGCUCAAAAGGGUGGGUUGUCCCACCUGCCAAUGACACCAACCACUACAAUGAUUGGGCUUCCAACAACAGGUUCCACGUUGGUGACACCAUCUGGUUUAAGUACAAGAAGGAUUCUGUGAUGGAAGUGAGAGGGGUAGAUUACACAAACUGCAAUGCCACACACCCCACACUGUUCUCCAACAGUGGCAACUCUGUAGUCAAACUUGACCAUUCAGGAACCUUCUACUUCAUCAGUGGUGCAUCAGGGCACUGUGAGAAGGGACAGAAGAUGAUUGUUAGGGUCAUGGCUGAUGAUUCUCUUCCUCAGCAUGCCAAGUCUUCUGGCUACCAUGUUCCAAUUGGGGUCUCUCAAAUGCUUUUCUUUCAGUUUGUUUUCGCAAGUGUUGCUUCUUAUGUGAUUUGAGUACCUAGGAAUAUUCAGCAAGUGUAUUAGGAUUUAGGAAUGGAAUGUGUUAUUGUACAUGUGGUUUUUUACAUAAUUAUGGUCAUUAAGGUUUGAAUUAAUUUUGUAUGGUAGUAUUGAACAUUAUAUUUAUUU